AUGUCGAAACAAAAAAAUGCCCAAGAGACUUCGGCCGUUCGGAGCACAAUUGAUGUUUCGAAACUCGAACCUUACUUGCAAGUUAAUUUGCCAGAAUUUGAAGCACCUUUGGAGAUUCGUCAGUUCAAGUUCGGACAAAGCAAUCCCACUUAUCUCUUAAUUGACGCCAACAAGAAACGAUACGUUCUUCGAAAAAAACCUUCGGGCGUUCUUCUUUCAACAAGAGCCCACUCUAUCGAACGGGAAUACCGCGUACUCAAUGCUCUAAGUAGAAAUACCGAUAUUCCGGUUCCAAAAGUAUAUCUCCUUUGUGAAAACAAUGAAAUCUUGGAUACUCCAUUUUAUGUGAUGGAGUUUUUGAAAGGUAGAAUAUUUGAUGACUUACGACUUUUGUCACUUCCUCCGGAAGAACGUAGGCAAUGUUGGUAUUCGGCUAUUGAGACGCUUGCCAGACUUCAUUUGGUUAAUUACAAGGAUAUUGGCCUCGAUACAUUUGGAAAAUCAUCAGGUUUCUACGCUCGGCAGAUUCGUUCGUUACUCAAAACUUCUGCGGCCCAAGCUGCGGUUAAAGAUAAAGACGGUAAUCAAGUGGGUCCCCUUCCGAGGAUUGACGAUAGAAUUCGAUGGUUCAAGAAGAACGAAGUUCCAGAUGAAGCAACCAUAGUGCACGGAGAUUUCAAACUGGAUAAUCUAGUCUUUCACCAGACGGAACCUAGAGUCGUUGGGAUUUUGGAUUGGGAGCUUUCAACCAUCGGGCAUCCGCUUUCCGACCUUGCAAAUCUGUUGAUAAACUUUUACGCCAAAGAUCUAAACGGACCUUUCAUCGGACUGCGCGACGUGACCGACUUACCUAUUCCCCCGGCUAAUGAACUAAUGCAGUUGUACUGCAGAAAAGUUGGAAGGCCAUAUCCAAUACCCAACUUUGAAUUUGCCAUAGUUUUCGCAUUUUUCAAGUUAGCAGUUAUCAUCCAAGGAAUAGCUGCCCGAGAAGCACUCAAUCAGGCAAGUUCUGCUGAAGCAAAAUUAUAUGCAUCUUUUUUAAAACCAGUCUCGUACUUCGGGUUUGAGAUUAUUGACCGAGGUGAUUUGAGUGAUAAAAGCAAGCUAUGA